AUGGGCUAUCGAUAUUUCAAUCGUUGAUGGCAUGAGCGACUUAAAACUUUAAUAUGUCAAAAUAGAAUCGAUGGAGGAUACCAUGGGAUUGUAGUGCGGUCGUCGGUGCUGCCGGAGGAAUCGUAGUUCUUCCUGCUGAGAAUCCCACAGAUGAUAGCAGAUGACAGUGGCUACGGAGAGAGGGAUACAGAUAGAAACAAAGUUGCACAGGGAGGUAGACAGGAAAGAGAAGAAAGGAGAGCUAGCUGGCUCGCUUAGAGAUAGAGAGGAGCCGAGGAUAAAUGAGCUUUUUUUCACGCCUUUGCUUUACUGUUUGUUCCAUGCAAUGUGAGGUACAAUUAAUUGGUUUUCUUGAUUUCUGGUAAACUAUUAAAAGAGUUGUCAAGCGAGUGUUGUAAUUGCAAGCGUAACGGUGGAAUAAGCUCGCCGGAAGAAAUCAUUUUGUGACGGACAUGAAAUAAUAUUAGGGAUAUCCCUGCAAAUGCCAAACCACCGUGGUGACCACAAUCGAGAUUUCUAUUUUUAAUUUAUUACUCUUCGAAGCCAUGCUGUGACGCUGGUCUUACUCUCUAGCCUAAGCACUGCGCAAAGUUCUGGAAACGAUGUAUAUCAGCAUAAACCCCUCCAUCCCAAUUCCUAGCGGCCAACUUCUCACCCAUGCGCAGCGCCGCCUCCAGAUCUUCUAGUGAUGUUUGACGCCGAUGAGUUACAGGCUUGCUGCCGAUUGAUCAGGCUACACUACUUCGGGGUACUGUUUUAGAAUUUUUCCAAGAACAAUCCCUAUCUUCAACCGCAACAACUCAUCAACAGUAAACUGACUGUGCACAAGAGAGCUGAAGUCUUGGGACUGACAGUAGUAGAGUCAAAAUUCAACAUGGCGUUCUCCUUGGGAGCGUUCUCGGCUACAAUCGUCUGCAAGAGCAAUUACUCACUUGAAGCCGGGCACAUCCGUCGGGCGGCAGAGAUCGCCGAUAAAUCUGCUGGGUUCACGUCGCCGCAUCCGAACUUCGGGUGCGUGAUUGCCGUUGGCAGCAAGGUCGUGGGCGAGGGUUUUCUGUACGCGCAAGGGACUAAGUGUGCUGAGUUGCAGGCGGUGGAGUCGGCUGGGGAACUGUGUAGAGGUGCCACUGCUUAUCUCAAUAUGGAGCCUGGGGACUGCCACGGUGACCACACUUCGGUUUCUUCUCUAAUUCAGGCAGGAAUAUCAAGAGUUGUUGUCGGUAUCAAACAUCCUUUGCAACAUUUUCGGGGCAGAGCAGUACGUUCAUUAAGAAGUGAAAGGGUGCAAGUUGAUGUUCUUGGAGAGGAUUUGCAAAGUAAAUUAAUUGAGGAAGCUUUGAAAUCGUGUCUCCUGGUAAAUGCUCCUUUGAUCUACCGAGCUGCUUGUCAAGUUCCGUUCUCUGUUCUCAAGUAUGCUAUGACUCUUGAUGGAAAAAUUGCAGCAAGUAGUGGGCAUGCAUCAUGGAUUAGCAGCAAAGAAUCUAGGAGUCGAGUAUUUGAAUUGCGUGGUAGAAGUAAUGCUAUCAUUGUAGGAGGGAAUACUGUGCGCCGUGAUAAUCCACGACUAACUGCAAGGCAUGGGGGUGGGCAUUUGCCUAUACGGAUUGUUAUGUCACAAACUCUUAAUCUUCCUGAAGUAGCAAACCUUUGGGACACAUCUGAUGUACACACCAUAGUUGCAACACAAAGAGGUGCAAAGAAGAGCUUUCAGAAAUUGCUUGCAUCUAAAGGUGUUGAAGUAGUGGAAUUUGACAUAUUAAACCCUAGAGAUGUCAUGGAACAUUGUUAUGAUCGAGGGUAUCUUUCAAUUUUGUGGGAAUGUGGUGGAUCCUUAGCAGCACCUGCUAUAUCAUCUGGUGUCAUACACAAGGUUUAUGCAUUUGUUGCUCCUAAAAUUAUUGGGGGUGAGGGAGCUCCAUCGCCAGUUGGCGAACUUGGAAUGGUUGAGAUGUCACAGGCACUAAAGUUGAUAGAUGUUUCUUAUGAGAAGGUUGGACCUGACAUACUUAUUAGUGGAUUUCUUCAGCCCAUUCCAGACUUAACACCUAUAAUUCCAUCAGUAAAUGAAACUUCAGCAAUUGAUCCAACUGUUACUCCUGAUGAUGCAAGAAUCUUAUUCUUUUAUAAAGCAUGGGAUCCUUAUGGUGCUUUCUCAAACUUCUCUCCAUAUCCAUUGCAUAUGACCGAUGAAAAUGGAGUUUAUCUUACAUGGCCAAGUGUGGAACACUAUUAUCAGGCACACAAGUUUAUUGGGGUCAAUGAUCCUCUAGCAAGAGAUUGUAUUGAGAAAAUAAAAUCAUCAAAGAGCCCAGAGGAAGCAGCACGUGAAGGAAGGAAAAUACAGAAGCAAUGCCCUGAUCUGGUAAGACCUGAUUGGGAAACUGCAAAGAUUGAUGUUAUGUAUAAAGCUCUGAAGUGCAAGUUUUCCAUCUACCCUCAUUUGAAUUCUCUGCUACUGUCAACGGCUGGAUCAGUCCUUGUUGAAGCCUCACCAUAUGAUCUCUUCUGGGGUGGAGGCCGAGAAGGAGAAGGAUUAAAUUACUUGGGUCGGCUGCUGAUGCAACUAAGAUCGGAGUUCCUGGGAGAGUCAUUGACAUCAAAUAAUCAAAUGGCUUCAUAAGACAGGGUCAGCCUUUCAUCAAUCAUGAAGAUGAAGGUUUCGUGGUCUGGCAAUACUUUAGAGGCCCGAGCAGCGGACAUGACAUCGGCAUCGUUGAGACCUAAGUGACGACCUGAGGACAAGGUCGUUUUAUCUCUGAUGAUGACCGAGUCAUCGUGAUUCGUGAUCAGGGGAGCAAUACGACCAAAGGAACACAGGAAGAAGUCUUCCAUGACUGGCAGAUCUUCACCCUCCAGUGGUGAGUCAUAGUUGGGGACGGCGUUUGGGACUUUCAAGUGGCCAAGGCGCUGGUGUGUUCCUUUCCACUAACCGGUUUGAGGCCAUGGCAGAUUACACAACCUUCUAAACUCCUUCAAAGUCAUGCUUACCACAAGGCCAAGGAAGUCGAUAUUCUUCGCUUUCUCCUUUUCUCUUGUAUGUUGUACAAUGCUAAGUUGUUUCUCUGCAAAUAU